ACACAGGCCCACCAACACCAGCAGAAGUCGAGAAAGCUGUAGGUAACCUGAAACGAGGAAGGACAGCAGGACCAGACGGACUACCUGCUGAGGUAUACAAGAAUGGUGGUGGAGUGCUCUUAGUCAGGUUAACGGAAGUGUUGACCAGUAUAUGGGAAUCAAAUACGAUCCCCUCCGACUGGUCUAAGUCACUGAUUAUUCCAGUCUUCAAGAAAGGUGAGAAGUCCUCUUGUGAUAACCACAGAGGAAUCAGCCUGACGAACAUAGUCUCCAAGAUCCCAGGUUCUAUAAUUUUUCGGGAACAGUAAGCCCGAGAAAACCAAGCAGGCUUUAGACCCAGUCACGGGUGUAUCGACCAAAUAUUCACACUGUACCAGGUCGUGAAACAUAGGCACGCUUACAGACGCCUAACACUCUCUGUAUUUCUCGACCUGAAGGCGGCAUUCGACUCCGUUGAUCGAGAAGUCUUAUGGCAAUGUUUCUCACUGAAAGGCGUGCCGAGUAAGUACAUCACCUUAUUGAAGGCUCUCUACUCGAACACUUGUGGGCGUGUUAGAGUCCAUAGUGGGAUGUCAGGUGAGCUGUACUCAUCGAGUUUUGUCCGUCAAGGGUGCCCACUGUCUCCAUUCUUAUUCAAUUUUGUCAUAGAUAUUCUUAUGGAGGUCUACCUCUCAUCAUCUGAUUACACAGAUGUUGAUCCAAUCGCAGGAGAAUUUCCAUUAGACCUAGAAUAUGCAGGUGAUAUAGUCCUGUUAGGUGAAGACGCUGACAAGAUGCAGAGUCUUCUGAAAACUUUGAGUGGGAAUAUGAGGAUGUUUGGGAUGCGUUUCUCACCACCCAAAUGUAAAUUUUUGCUCCAGGACUGGUCUUCAGUGGUUUCGCGGCUAACGAUAAAGAGUGUAGUGGUUGAGAGUGCUGACCACUUCACUUACCUGGUUAGUAGGAUCAACCCCGGUGGGUUAGUUGCCGAUGAGAUCUCUGCACGGAUAUAAAAGGCUCGAUUGGCUUUU